UUUCAGAGUGUGGCUGUGUGAUUGACGUUUGUCUUGCUGCCGCACGGCCAAUCGGAACGCGUGUUUAUGCCCCGGGGGCGGGCUUGUUCCAGUCUCUCAGGACGAGGAGGCUGAGGAUCGAUUCUCCCGUGUGAGGGGGGGGCGAGAAGCGAAAGAGAAAAUGGCGGCCGUUGCUGGUGCGCCUGGGCCGGGAGAGGGAGGCGAAGCGGCAGAGCCAGACAGUGAUAAUAUCCCCGUAGGAGGCCGGCUGUCCGAACCGGAGCCGCAGUGUGUGCAGUCCGAGCCGGAGCUGAGUCUGUCACCCGCUCGCACUGCCUGGGAGAGCCAGUGUGCGGCUCAGCAUGGGAGCGAGGCCGCUCUGCAGCUCGGAGAGCAGGGACUCGCACUGCCUGACCUGCUGCUCGCUGCCGGCCCUGCCAUAACCCACCCAGAGGCCGAGUCUGCGUCUCCCGACACCCCCGAGGGAGCAGAGAGACCGCCAGGCGGCACCGAGGAUGGCAUCGCAGACAUUGAGAUGGGGCCCCUGAAGGCCGAGCUAGUGGAGGAGACCCCUGGGGAGGAAACUAUGCAAUGGAGAGAAAGCUGGGAGUCUGUACCUCCGGCACAGGAACAGCACUGCAUGCCAGGCCAGGCCGAGCCAGAUGGGAUGGAGCUGGAAGAAAAUACUGCAUUCAUGCAGGAGGAGAGUACCAUAGACAGCCUCCCUGGCCACCCCCCUGAGGAUAUAGAGAUGAGACCCGUAUCAAUAACCGAAGAGAGCGAGGAAAGUUCCCAGGGAUUCACAGAACCGAUAAAGGGUGUUUUGGAGGCGCCCUUCACAGAGGGACCUGUUCCAGUGGAGCUGGUGACAAAACCAGGUCUUGAACCAGUUGAGCAAAUGGAAAACUCCGUUAAUGAGGGAAUUGGACUUGUAGGAGACCCAGAAAGGCUAGUUACAAGCCAAGCCUUUAUGGAGUUUGGGCUAAUAAGUAACUCAGACAUUGGGAAGUUUGGAGCAUUGAAAAAUUGGGUCCCUGAUAAAGUUGAAGUACAGGUGUCAGCCCCUGAGAAGGUUGAGCUAUUUGGGGCGCCUGUCCACGGGGAAGGGGCUGAGCUAUUUGGGGCGCCUGUCCACGGGGAAGGGGCUGAGCUAUUUGGGGCUCCUGCCCACGGGGAAGGGGCUGAGCUAUUUGGGGCGCCUGUCCAUGGGGAAGGGGCUGAGCUAUUUGGGGCGCCUGUCCACGGGGAAGGGGCUGAGCUAUUUGGGGCGCCUGUCCACGGGGAAGGGGCUGAGCUAUUUGGGGCGCCUGUCCACGGGGAAGGGGCUGAGCUAUUUGGGGCGCCUGUCCACGGGGAAGGGGCUGAGCUAUUUGGGGCGCCUGUCCACGGGGAAGGGGUUGAGCUGGCCGGGGCGCCUGUCCACGGGGAAGGGGUUGAGCUGGCCGGGGCGCCUGUCCACGGGGAAGGGGUUGAGCUGGCCGGGGCGCCUGUCCACGGGGAAGGGGUUGAGCUGGCCGGGGCGCCUGUCCACGGGGAAGGGGUUGAGCUGGCCGGGGCACCUGUCCACGGGGAAGGGGUUGAGCUGGCCGGGGCACCUGUCCACGGGGAAGGGGUUGAGCUGGCCGGGGCACCUGUCCACGGGGAAGGGGUUGAGUUGGUCACAGGAGCUGACCACGGGAAAGGGGAUGAGCUGGUCACAGGAGCUGACCACGGGAAAGGGGAUGAGCUGGUCACAGGAGCUGACCACGGGAAAGGGGAUGAGCUGGUCACAGGAGCUGACCACGGGAAAGGGGAUGAGCUGGUCACAGGAGCUGACCACGGGAAAGGGGAUGAGCUGGUCACUGCACCUGCCCAGGGGAAAGUGGUUCAGUUACUUGGAGUGCCUGCCCACGCAGAAGGGGUUGAGGUGGCCGGGGUGCCUGCCCACGCAGAAGGGGUUGAGGUGGCCGGGGCGCCUGCCCACGCAGAAGGGGUUGAGGUGGCUAAGACACUUGUCGAAGAUGUUGAGUUGGCCAGGCUGCCUGUCGAGAUUGAACUACUCAGUACUCCUGUACAAGUGCCUGCACAUGACAAAGCUAUUGGGUUAGUAGAAGUACCUGUACCAAAGAUGGAGGUGCAGGAAGCUAUGCCAGAGAUUGAGGGUGGGCUAGUAUGGGCUCCUGUCAUAAAGAAAGCAGAUGAGAUAGCACAGACCCUGGUCUACAAGGAGCAGAUUAAGCUAGUACAAGCACAUGUCACGGAGGAGGAAUUUGAGGUAGAGCGGACUCAUCUUCUUGAUGAAGAGCAUGAGGUAGAAAAUAAAUCUAUUCAAAACUUUGAGAUUGAUCAACAGUCUGUCCCAGGGGUGGGGUUUGAGGCAUUACAUAUACUUGGCUCAGAAGAGCCAACUGAGCAUGUUGAGGAAGUAGAGAAACCUAUACCACAUGAACCUUUAACAGAGGAUGGUGAUAAACUGCAUAGGCUAGUCUGUGGAGAAAUCCAACACACAGUGGAGAUAAUUCCAGUCGUAACCAGUCCGCUUGAGGAACAAAGAUCUGUGAAAGGUCUGCUUAUAGAGGGACUGAUUUAUGAGGCUGCCCACGCAAUACCUGUACAAGAAUAUGAGAAGCAAGUGCUAGAACCAGUAAAGGCUGAACUGCCUGCUGUCCUUACUGAAGAACUUUUGUCAGACGUUGUCCCUGGAAACACACAACCUGAAAUUUUGUCUGUGGAAGAUGAGACUGUUAUUGAUCAAGCCUCUGAACAAAAUCCAAGUUUGAGGUGUUUAGAAAAGUAUGAGGAAAUCCACCAUCUCAAUCCAGUCACAACACAGAAUCAUAUUUUCCAGUCAGGUUUUGGUGAAGUAAGUGAACAAUGUGAUCCUUUUUCUUCACAAAAGGAAAAAUGUUUCAAACCUGAUGAGAUGAUUGAACAGUUCAUUGAACCAGUUCUCAAACUGGAUAAACUAACAUCUGAGGAAAUUUGUCAUGAUUUUGAUUUUGUAUGCCAAGCGACAAUGGCACCCAAAAAAACUGCACAAAUGAUCAGAGACCUUGAGUGUGAAUCUGCCUCUAUGGACAUUGAAACUUGUCACGAAAAGAUUUACGAGAAUAACGUCUCAUUGGGCAAUGCUAGACUAAUCCCUCUGGGAGAAGGACUUGUUGCUUCAUCAGUUACCAUGGAAACUGAGUCUGGCAUAGAAUCUUCAUCAGAUUGCAUUCAUAUAGAGGCUCACUCUCAAGAGGUUAAUGGAGAUGCUGUUUAUAGGGACCUUGAACAGGUUACUUGUGAAAAAGGUGCCAAGUCUAACUCUGUAACUGGAGAGAUUCUAGUAGAUGAACAGACUACAUCAAGGAGUAUUGCGAGGUGUGAUGGCGGCACAGACUUAUGUGUGGGUGAGCCAAGAAAAUCUGCCUCUAAUCCUCACCCACAGAGGCUUUCAGAUGACUCCCUAAGCUACUGCCCCUCUGUAGGAAACCCUGAUAUGCUGGUCAUAGGAGGGAUUGAUGGCCUAUCUCUUGGCUCACAUGUCCAAGUCACCCUUGAUCACAUCAUACAGGAUGCACUGGUGGUUUCAUUUCAGCAUGGAAAUAGACUCUUCUCAGGGGUGUUAAUGGAUUUGUCAAAAAGAUUUGGACCACAUGGUAUACCUGUGACCAUUCACCCAAAGAGAGUGUACCAAAACCGACCAGAGGAGCCCGUUCCUCCAUUCCCAGAAGAGACCCAGGAAAAGUGUGCAGAGAACAGAAGGGAUACAGAGGAUGUUGCUCCCAUUGAGCCCUCUGAACCAUGCAAAACUGAAAACCUAUGGACUUCAAAGCCACCACCUCUUUUUCAUGAAGGAGCACCAUAUCCACCACCUCUAUUUAUCAGGGACACUUACAACCAGUCAAUACCUCAGCCUCCUCCACGUAAAAUAAAAAGACUCAAAAAGAAAAUCUACAGGGAAGAACCCACUUCAAUUAUGAAUGCUAUUAAACUACGACCUAGACAAGUCUUGUGUGAUAAAUGUAAAAAUGUUGUUUCAGAUAGAAGUGAUAUAAGGAAAAGUGGGAAUGAUUCUUUUAAGCAAGAACAGGGAAAGCGGAGAAGGCAUGAAAGUGUAACUACUGUGAAUAAAAAACUUAAAACCGAUCAUAAAGUAAAUGGGAGAAGUCAAAGUGAAAGCCAGAAAAGAAAUGCUGUGUCCAAGGUUUCAAACUUAAAUCACAGCCGUGGGAAGGUUGUGAAGAUGACUUCCCAAACUGGUUCAACAAAAACUCAACUUCACAGUAAAAAGGUGCUACAGAGCAAAAAUAUGGAUCAUGCAAAGGCUCGGGAAGUUUUAAAAAUGGCCAAAGAGAAGGCACACAAGCGGCGAAAAGAAACCUCUGCCUCCAAAAAUGCCCAUGGUAAAGUCCACUUUACGAGGCGCCUUCAGAACACAAGCUCAGGGACCCUUCCACCGAGACUACGCAUUAAGCCUCAAAGGUACAGAAAUGAAGAGAAUGAUUCUUCAUUGAAGACUGGACUUGAGUCAUUACGAAGCGCCAAGAUUGGCAUCAAGCCCCAGACACGCUACUCUGCCACCCGUUCAGCAGGUGAGGUCUCCUCAGAAAUACAGAGUCCUUCAAAUGGCCCGGAAGAGGCCAGCAGUGAGAUUCAGGAAACAAGUGUCUGUGUACCACCUGACGAGCAGGAUGAGCAGCAAACCCUGAGCAAGACAGGCAGCAAAAGCAAUAUCACAGUUUACAUGACCUUAAAUCAAACAAAAGCUGACUCUUCCACUGCAUCAGUGUGUAGUAGUGAUAGCACAGAUGAUUUGAAAUCCUCCCACUCUGAGUGUAGUUCUACUGAAAACUUUGAUUUCCCCCCAGGCAGCAUGCACACACCUUCCUCAUCAUCUUCAUCCUCUUCAAAAGAAGAGAAAAAGCUGAGUAAUUCCUUGAAAGUAAAGGUGUUUUCCAAAAAUGUUACUAAAUGUGUGACCCCUGAUGGCAGGACCAUAUGUGUUGGGGACAUUGUAUGGGCCAAGAUUUAUGGCUUCCCAUGGUGGCCUGCCCGCAUACUCUCUAUAACUGUCAGUCGAAAAGAUAAUGGCCUGCUGGUGCGUCAGGAGGCUCGCAUAUCAUGGUUUGGGUCCCCAACAACGUCCUUCCUUGCAUUGUCACAGCUCUCCCCAUUUUUAGAAAACUUCCAGUCCCGCUUUAACAAGAAGAGAAAGGGCCUUUACCGAAAGGCCAUCACAGAGGCAGCAAAGGCUGCCAAACAGCUCACUCCAGAGGUGCGGGCUCUACUGACACAAUUUGAAACGUGAACAUCACAUGUAAGAUGACAUGCAAUAGGUGCCAUCUGAGGAUUUUUACUAUAGCGUCAAGUUGACUUUUCAGUGGAACCUGGCAAUGAAGGACUUUUGUUUUGUGUUUGAAGAAAUGUGUAAAAUUCAAAUUUCAGAGCUGUGAAGGAAAAAUAAAAUACCCACAUGUAUAACUUAUACAGAUUGUUAUAUCUAUUGUAAAUUGUAUUUAAAGAAUAGUGCAAAGCAGAUAUAAAACAAACAAAAAAAGGAGUGCAUGAAUCUGUACAUAUGUUAUGUAAUGUCUACAAACUGAAAUUAAUAAUUUUUUGAGUUUUAUUUGUUUGAAGGAAUUAACAUACGCUGUUCUCUUCAAGUGACUGAAAUAAUGUUAUUUUAUUAGUGGCAUUGUGUAUUUAACAUUGUGUGUAGCUUAUUGCUGUUAAGUUGAAAGGAAAGGGAUGUUAUAUUACCUAUGAGACUGUGACUAUUGUAAUUAAGGUCAGUGGGCAGUGGCAAAGAACCAGAUGUUUAGUGUUCUCACACCAAAUCAAAGGCCAGGAGAUUUCUUGAAAGGUCUAUGCAUUCUUUCCAGUAUCAUAAAAUAACACAGGGAGCCCUGUGACUGGGGAUCAAAACAUAAGGAAUAUUAGUGCCUCCAAGCCUCUCUUGUAACAGGAAGUCUAUUAUAAUCUUAAUAACUGGACCAAGAUAAACUGCAAUGCUAUUCAAAGCGUUGACAACCCAAUGUGUCACUGCAUUCUGGUACUUAAAUUGAUAUUCUAAUCAUCAAAACCAGUUUAGCUUAAUGAAGCAGUUUUAGUGUAUAGAUCAGGUCCUUCAGUCUUACUGCUCAUUUCUUUGCCAUGUAGGAGUUAAAUCACUUUAAUUUCUGUUUAUGCAGCCCUAGCCACACCUCCCCCGGCUGUGACGCACACAACCUAUAUGAAAGAAUUUUCAAUCAGCUCUUACAGCACAGUGUGCUUCGUUUUUAAAUCCCUGUCUCUUUUUUUGGCAAUUGAACUUGAACGAUACACAGGUAAUUA